AGAGCGGCGGCUCAAGGCAUAUGUAAACAAGGGCCAUUGCCGCCAUGAUUAAGGAAACCAGGUUCGCGCCCACCGGCAUCGUCUACUCCCAGUCCAAUGGGUCGACCAGAGGGCCGUACAGGAUUGGCGGGGUGGAGAAGGCACCCAAGUCAGGGCAGCCUCCCCCCUUCGAAGCACUGCAGUGCGGGGCCUUCAAGACCGCAGCCAUCAAGGAACAGGGGGUGCUGAAUGGGCGACCGAGUCAGUACGCUGCGGCCGCGAAGACCUUUCAGGGCCCGCCCACUGUGAAGCCGGCGGGUGCCAUUGGGGAUGCCCUGGAGAGCCUGGAGACGACGGCCUUCGAGUGAGCGAGAGAGGCGUCUCACCGCCCCAUGCGAGUGGUUGGUGUUCUUCCAAAUUGGCGUGUUUGGGAACCCCCCAAGUCAGGGGUC